GAAGGAGGCCAAUGUAGAUAAGCUCGGAGAUGGAAAUAUUUCAGAAUAUCUUGAUGAUUACGAUUCACUAUCACCUUCUGGUUCUUCCAAUGUUGAUGCAAAUGAUGAUGGUGACGAUUUAUUACCUGUUACAACAUCUUUUAACUGGGUUAUUAGAGAAUUUGAUCAUUUUUAUAAAGUUCCAGAAUAUUCUGAAACAAUAUGGAGUGAAUCUUUUUAUUCAGGUGCCUGGAGACUUUGUCUAGUUCCACAUGUCAAAUUCAAUUCCAAUUCACCAGCCAAAGUUGAUUUGGAACUUAUAAAUAAUACUCAAACAGGUUUUGGAUAUUUUUAUAUUGGUCAAAAAAGUGAUAUGAUCAGAGUGAAAUUACAUAUUGAAGAUAAUUCACAAUUAAAUCACCACAACAGUAAUACCAAUAAUAAUGAUAUCUCUAAUAAAUUUCAGCCUUCCUUAGAGUGUUAUUUCAACAGAAAUGAUGACUUUAAUGACAUAACUUUUAGUUUCAGUGAUGGAUCAGAAAUUAGAGCAUCAAGAUCAGCUUUAUCUACACGCUCUGAUUAUUUUAAUAAAAUGUUCAAUGGUGGAUGGGAAGAAUCAAAUGCAUUAAUAAUUCCCAUUGAAGACGUCACUUAUCAAUGUUUCAAACACUUGAUUUAUUUCCUAUACACUGGUAAAUUAGAUGAUCAUCUACCACUAUUUGUUUUGGAGGAUUUAUGUAUCAAAGCCGAUAUCAGAAAUAUUCCAGAGUUGAGUGAAAUGGUUGUUUCAAAAAUCACUGAUCAAGCUAAUGAUAAUAAUUGGAAUUAUUUGUUGUUCAUUGGUUGGAAGACAAAAAAUUUUUCAUUGAAAAAUUCUGCACUAAAAUACAUUCAUGAUAAUUGGGGAAAAAUUAAGAAGGAUAGAAGGAUUAAUGAAGUGAUGUCAUGUGGUGAUAUAGAUCUAAUUGAAGAGUUUAUAGAUGCCAUUUACUUUGGAUUAUUGCUAUUAUAA